AUGCUGAUAGGUUAUGAGCUUUCAAAAGAGGACGAGGCGGCAGUGGGAAAGGACGAGCUUGAGGUUAGGCGAGAAGACCAAGACAAGAUCAACAAAUUCAGCAGAUUACACCAACGUGAAACGGCUUUGGAGGAUGAGCUCAAGGUCAAAGCUAAGGACAAGGAGGAUCUUGAGGAAUUGUCAAACGAGUUGGAGCUAGCGGAUGAAGACGACAAAAUCCCGUACAAGAUUGGCGAUACCUUUGUGUCAUUGCCGCUUCCAGAGGUGCAGGAGAUGCUCGCCUCGUCCACGGAACAGAUUGAGGAGUCUGUGUCAGCAGUCGAGGGGAAAUUGAGCACUGUCCGAGAAGAGAUGGAGCAAUUGAAGGUUCAACUUAACCAUGACUCCCUCUUCCAUGGCUUCAAGCAUCUGCUUCUCCACAAAUUCUCUGGCUUUGAAUCGCCGUUAUAUAUUUCGAGAUCCCUGGGCAAGAACUUCAAUGUGCGUCACUGGGGGAACAUGAGCCGUUCUAAAUACGGUCAAGGGCUCCAAUGCCUUAAUCAUGACAUUGCAGUCUCCUCGGACAUACAUGUGGAGGACAAGAGCUGGGAGAGCGCUCUGGAUCAAUCGGACAGCAUAGGUCCAGAUGGUAAUUGCACACAUGAAUCGUCCGCGUCUUCCGCGGAAGACACCAGGAAAGUUGAUGACCGCAUCAAGAUCGAGGAGGAGGACAUACAUGGCAAGCCAGAUCACGAAGAGAGGAUCAUUGUGUCCUUCCCUGAUGGAGACCCUGAGAAUCCGUACAAUUGGCCUAUGAGGAAGAAAAUAUACAUCCUACUCGCGGGAAUCGUAGCAGUCAUCAACAGCACGCUGGGAUCCUCUCUGCCCAGCAACGCCAUCAACUACAUUGCCCCGUAUUUCCACGUCACCGACGAACAGCAACUCGUUCUUCCGAUAUCCCUAUUCUUGGUUGGAUAUGUACUUGGACCAUUGAUCUUCGGACCUCUCAGUGAGACAUAUGGAAGAAGAAUCAUCAUGCUGUCCAGCUUCGUGGUUUUCACACUCUUCACGAUGGCCUGUGCCUUGGCACCAAACUGGCCUGCAUUCCUGGUAUUCCGUCUCAUAUGUGGCAUCAAUGCUUCGAGUGCUAUAGCUGUGGUGGGAGGUCUAUACGCAGAUGUUUUUGGCAAUCCAGUCAUCAGAGGGCGAGCAAUGGCAAUUUUCAUGGCUGCCACGACGUGCGGUCCUAUGUUGGCUCCUCUAAUAUCAGGCUUUGUCUCCGUCGUCUCGUGGCGGUGGACGUUCUGGGUCGGCUUGAUAGUCGCUGGAGCCUCGCUCGCCUUCCUCAGUCUCCUCCCAGAGACCUACGGUCCAAUCAUCCUGAAGAAGAGAGCAAAUCGCAUGCGGAAGGAGUCUGCAAACCCUAAUAUAUUCGCAGCUAUCGAGCUCGAGAAGAAGGGCGCUCGACAAAUGAUGACUGUUACUCUCAUGCGACCAGUCCAUAUGAUCGUUUAUGAAGCCAUCGUCCUGUUCACCUGCCUCUACCUUUCCAUCGCAUACGCUAUAUUCUACCUCUUCUUCGAGGCGUACCCGAUUAUUUUCGAGGGUCUUUACCACAUGAAUACUGGGGUAGCUGGUCUGGCUUUUCUACCCAUCAUGGUUGGGGCUGUCAUCGCCCUCGGCAUCUUCUUAUGGUACGAUACAAUUCUCCAACGAGCUAAGAAAGCCAAUGCGAACUGGGCUUCUAUCGAGGAGUAUCGUCGACUACCGCUUGCCUGCUUGGGUGGCCCGCUCUAUGUCAUAUCGCUUUUCUGGUUGGGAUGGAGCGCUUCUCCUCACGUCCAUUGGAUCGUACCCAUGCUCGCAGGCGUGCCAUUCGGCAUGGGCUUCAUGCUCAUCUUCAUGGCACUACUCAACUACAUCACUGAUGCUUACGAGGUGUACGCUGCGAGUGGCAUGGCUGCAACGAGUUGCUGCCGUUCGAUAUUUGGAGCGGUACUGCCAUUGGCCGCGGCACCCAUGUACAAAUCACUGGGAGUUUCAUGGGCAAGCACUUUGCUUGGCUUCCUCAGUCUGGCUAUGUCUAUCAUACCUUUUGCCUUUAUCAAGUACGGCGAUCGAAUACGAGAAAAUAGCAAGUUUUGUCAGGAGUUGAAGAAGAGAAAGGAGCAGAUAGCAAUGGAGAAUGAGAAGGAAAAGGACAAGUCUGUUGGUCAUAGACACGCAGCUAGGCCGGAAGAGCUCGAGUCUGGCGAAAAGGAAUAG